UAUCAGUGACAGUCUCCCCCUGUCGUCAUAACAGCAUAGUACGGCUCUGACACUACCUCCACUCAAUACCGAGAGAGAGGGGCACAAUAAACAGAAGACAUCUGUGUCUGACAUCGAGGCAGCGAAGACCGUAAUUUAAACCGCGCGUCUUCGCUCCCCAACUAGAAACCCUCCUCACCCCAUGAACGGUGCCGGUGACACGGGGUUUAACGUCCUCUAAAGACGGUGACAGGGCGAGGAGGGAACGUUGCCUUCCGGGGGGAUUCAGCGAAGCAGCAGCUGAAGCAGGGUUGAUUUGGUUUUGACCACUGGAGGACCCACCACUAACUAGCUGGAUCUGAGGGACUCCAGACAGAACAGAGACCACACACCUCCGACUACAUAACAUCAGAACCAAGAAGUCCACAAUCAGCAAACAACAGCAACAGCACCAUGCAUACCUCCAUCUUCUUCCUCCUCCCCUUCUUCCUCCUUUCUCUCCUCGCCACCUCUUCUUCUUCCCAGAGUGACUCUCCAGAACUCGUCGUCGCCACGCGGGCAGGACGUGUCCGCGGCUUCCGCCUACCGACGCCGGACCGGAGUCACGUGACCGCUUUCCUCGGAAUCCCAUUUGCGGAGCCCCCACUGGGCAAGAAGCGCUUCCGAAAGGCGGAGCCCAAGAAGCCAUGGUCGUACUUGUUCGAAGCUAGCUCCUACCCCAACGCCUGCUACCAGUUCGUUGACACCUCUUUCCCCGGGUUCCAGGGAAGCGAGAUGUGGAACCCCAACAGGGAGAUGAGCGAGGACUGCCUCUACCUCAAUAUCUGGGUCCCCACCUCCGCCAGACCUCACAACCUCACCGUGAUGGUAUGGAUCUACGGAGGAGGGUUCUACAGCGGAUCAUCGUCCCUGGACGUGUACGAUGGCCGCUACCUGGCUCACUCGGAGAAGGUGGUGGUGGUCUCCAUGAACUACCGCAUCGGGGCCUUUGGGUUCCUGGCUCUCCAUGGCUCCUCAGAGGCCCCUGGGAACGUGGGGCUCUUAGACCAACGCAUGGCCCUCCAGUGGGUCCAGGAUAACAUACACUUCUUCGGGGGCAACCCCAAACAGGUGACCAUCUUUGGGGAGAGUGCUGGAGCAGUCUCUGUUGGGAUGCACCUCCUGUCUCCCGACAGUCGACCCACCUUCACCCGAGCCAUCCUCCAGAGUGGAGCCCCCAACUGCCCCUGGGCCACUGUUACGCCAGCUGAAGCCCACCGUAGGGCCGUCAUGUUGGGGAAGCUCGUCGGGUGCCCCUCGGGGGGUAACGAUACGGAGCUGGUGGACUGUCUUCGCAACAAGCCCCCGCAGGAGCUCAUUGACCAAGAGUGGCAGGUCAUGCCGUGGUCUGCCAUCUUCCGUUUCUCCUUUGUGCCCGUCAUCGACGGCGUGGUCCUUCCAGACAACCCCGAGGCCAUGCUCAGCUCAGGCAACUUCAAGGACACCCAAAUCCUGCUGGGGGUCAACCAGGAUGAGGGGUCCUUCUUCCUCCUCUAUGGAGCCCCUGGCUUCAGCAAGGACAAUGAGUCACUGAUCUCGCGCGAGGACUUCCUGGAAAGCGUGAAACUGAGCGUUCCGCAUGCCAAUGAGAUCGGCCAGGAGGCUGUGGUUCUGCAGUAUACUGACUGGUUCGAUGAGAACAACGGGGUGAAGAACCGUGAUGCCCUGGACGAUGUGGUCGGAGACCAUAAUGUCAUCUGCCCCCUGCAGCACUUUGCCAGGAGCUAUGCCCAGUUUCACUCUAACCAGGGUGCCAACAAUGGGCAACCAGCGGGCAACGCAGGGGCCACGGCGAAGGAUGGGAACUCACAAGGUGGAGUGUACCUGUACCUGUUUGACCACCGUGCGUCUAACCUGGCGUGGCCUGAGUGGAUGGGCGUUAUCCAUGGUUACGAGAUAGAGUUUGUGUUCGGCAUGCCGCUUGAGAAGAGACUGAACUACACAGCCGAGGAGGAGAAACUGAGCCGACGCAUGAUGAGAUACUGGGCCAACUUCGCACGCACCGGUAACCCCAAUAUCAACUUUGAUGGCAGUGUGGAUAGCAGGCGGAAGUGGCCCCAGUUCACCAACAGUGAACAAAAACACGUGGGUCUGAACACGGAAUCCAUGAAGAUCCACAAGGGCCUGCGGAAUCAGCUGUGUGCAUUCUGGAACCGCUUCCUGCCACGCCUCCUCAACAUCACCGAUAACAUAGACGAGGCAGAGCGUCAGUGGAAGGUGGAGUUCCAUCGCUGGUCCUCCUACAUGAUGCACUGGAAGAGCCAGUUCGACCAUUACAGCAAGCAGGAGCGCUGCACUGACCUCUGAGGAGAGAGAGAAAGAGAUGAUGAAGACCUUGUCCUUCCAUAGUUUCCUACAUUUCUUCAUGUGAUAUGAUUUGUUAAGGCUUUGCAGUUUAACUCGACGAAGGCCAAACAGUGGAUUCCUUUCCCCCACAAAAUCACAUUUAAUGUGUCACAAAUCAUACUUUCUGUGUGUUUUUUUGUUUUUCCAUUGCAGAUGUUUGGCUGCCUUAAAACACGUCCAUAAGCUGACAAUUUAUCAGCAUCAAAUUUAUUAUGGAAGGUGGUCAUUGAUGAAGGCUGUGAAACGGUGAACAUUUCAAAGGUGUGUCAUUACAGUACCUCUGAAGACUGUGUGUAUGUGUGUGUGCGUGUAUGCAUGCAUCCGUGGGCAUGUGUGUGUGUGUGUGUGUGUGUGUGUGUGUGUGUGUGUGUGUGUGUGUGUGUGUGUGUGUGUGUGUGUGUGUGUGUGUGUGUGUGUGUGUGUGUGUGUGUGUGUGUGUGUGUGUGUGUGUGUGUGUGUGUGUGUGUGUGUGUGUGUGUGUGUGUGUGUGUGUGUGUGUGUGCGCGGAAGUGUGGUACGACUGAACCUCUGUGUUCCACAUCACUCUUUUUUUUUUUUUACUUUUUCUUUAUUAUUUUCCAGUUGAUACAAAUCUCGCUAUCUGCUUAUUUUUAAUGAUCUUUAUUUAAAACAGCUAUUAUGACCACUGUUCCACUGUCUAACCAUGUAUCCGUUCACUUGGCGUUCGUCCAUCUCUUAUAUCUGCCCCCCGUUCUUCUAUCCUUCUUUCUUUCUCUCUGACUAUUAGUUAGGUUAUCUGUUGUUGUAUCUGUGUCGUGUCUUCUCCCGUGUCUCAAAUAACACCCUAUUCCCUAUAUGGUGCACUACUAAGCUCUGGUUGAAAGUAGUGCACUCCAUGUGGAAAAGAGGUGGGAUUCAGAAAUACAAUCUGUGUCUGUGUAGCGUCUUCUUUUGCAUCUCAAAUGUACACCCGAUUCCCUACAUAAUGCGCGACUAAACUCUGGUCGAAAGUAGUACAUGGAAUAGGGUGUGAUUUGGGAUGUAGUCUGGGUGGGUCCAAACCUAAAACCUCUGAUCAAUUAUUAUAGGAAUCUGGAGCCAUGUAAAUCGCUGUGUGCUGGGUUAGAAUAUAACUACACUGAAAAAAAAACACAGUUAAGACUGUGUGUGUGUGUGUGUGUGUGUGUGUGUGUGUGUGUGUGUGUGUGUGUGUGUGUGUGUGUGUGUGUGUGUGUGUGUGUGUGUUACACUACAUGGAUAUAAACAGACAAGUGCAUACAAAGUUCAUACACACACACUAUCACUCUCUCACACACCAAAACACACAGAGUGGAUUGAAAAGCGUGCACGGAGGACCAGUACUCACAAGUUCAGCGUUCAACAAGAUAGACAUGUAGUCAUGUUAUAUGUCACACGUCUAUCUUGUUCAUCGCUGAACUCCGUGCACUUUUCUCAAUCCACUCUGUGUGUUUCGGUGUGUGCGAGAGCGAUAGUGUUUGUAUGCACUUGUCGGUAUAUAUCCACAUACCUCUGUCAAUCACCUAUAUGUAGCCGAGCACUUGUGAAUGUCAGUCACACCCACUGUUGUUUGUUCUGGCGUCAGAAUGCAGUAAAGUAUUAUAUUUUGUGGGCGUGAGGGUGUGUGUGUGUGUGCAUACUACUAAUAUUGUCUCUGUGCCAACGGGUCGAUGUGUCUUGUUCCCCUCCAUCUCUCUCUUUUGUCCUAUCCAUCUCCCUCCCGUCUCAACCCCCCUCUCUCCAUCUCUCUCUCCUCCAUCUCCCCAUGUCCCCAGAGGACGAACGGUUCUCGUUAGUCUAAUGGAGACUGAAGUAAUUCACUCAGUGUGUGCCUGUUGGUGUGUGUGUGUGUGUGUGUGUGUGUGUGUGUGUGUGUGUGUGUGUGUGUGUGUGUGUGUGUGUGUGUGUGUGUGUGUGUGUGUGUGUGAUUCAGUGCUCCAGUGAAACGACAGGAUGCUGCGUCAGCCAUUCGCUGGCUAUGAGACAGACAGGCCCUGGGCUGGGCUGCACUGCACUGCUGCAGUGGCUGGGGCUGAUGGAGAGAGAGGGAGGAGGGUGAGAGAUGGAGAGCAUGGGUAGGAGAGAUGAGAGAUGGAGGGGAAUGAGAGAUGGAGCAAGGGUGAGUGGGAAAUGGAGAGAGAGAGGGUAAAGAUAAAAAGAGAGGGGUAGAUGGAGGGAAAAAGAAAACAGGGUUACGUACUCCACUCUUGUCUAUACUAAGGUUAUUUAUCGUUAAUGUGACAUAUACGUACUAUAUGUGUGGGUUUCUGUACCUCUUUUUCAGUAUUUUAUUUUGCAGUUGCAUUCUUCAGGUUUAAACCAACUACAGAUGUCAGAGUGUAAGAGACUGACUGUACGGAGUGUUUAGCGAUCACUUCCGUAUGUGUUGAGAUUGUUCUGAGUUUGGCUGCUCUCGCCGGGACUUUGACAUGAUAAAUCCGUCCGUCUGUCUGUCUUUGUGUGUUCUCCGUAUGUGUGUCUAAUUGUCUGUCACUGUGAGUCUACCUUUUUGUUUGUUUGUUUGUCCAUCUGUGUACACCUCUGUCUCUCUGCUUGUGUUUGUCUACUUGUCUGUGUGCCCAUCCGCCCGUCUCUAUACAGUUUUUGCAUGAUGUCAUACUUUUGUGAUGUCAUAUGUGUAAUGUCAUAUUUAUUUGAACUUGCGUUUGCUGACAUUGUGGAAGGGAUCAGGAUCAGCCUUGUGAUUGGUCAGUGGGUCUUUCAUCGAAUCAUUAUGAGUGGUGUAUUCACCGGCAUGUACAACUCCUAUUUAACGACUGGAGUAGAGUAGUCUAGCUUUAAAAAAAUAUAUAUAUAAAAUUUAAAAAGUCAAAGACUAUCUGUAAUUAUUUAGAUAAUGUCUGAGUCCCAAAUGGCACCCUAUUCCCGACAUAGUGCGUUACUUUUGAUCAGGGUCCAAAGGGCUCUGGUCAAAAGUUGUGCACUAUAUAGGGAAUGGGUUGCCAUUUGGGACGCAUCCACUUUGUUUGACUGAACAGAAUGCAUGUGUGUAUGUAUGGACUGGCUGCGUGAGUGUUCCGAUGAUGACUGAGUGACAGCUGCUCAAGCACCUCUUUUCCAAUAAGAGGGCCUGCUUACCCUUGCUCCCCCAAUGAUAUCCCUUCAUGCAUGUCCAGAGCAACAACCCCCCUUCUCUGUAUCCUACCCCAAAUUUAUGACUUAUUUUCCGUAACAAUAUAAUACCCCUGAUGUCCUGAUAUGUAUUUGGAUUAUUAUUACAAUUAUUAUAGCUUUGAAAUUACAGUUGAUGUUAGCAAUAAUAUAACACAUUGAUAACUAAAUAUAUGACAUUUAUUGUAUGAUGAUGAUGAUUAUGACAAUGAUGAUGAAGAUUGACAAAGCAAUAUAAUAUAUAUAGAAUGCCAUAUUUUUAUUUGAAUUGUUAUAUUAAUUUUCCUUUUUCCUUUUUCAAUCCAACAGUAUUACUACAGUACUACUACAGUAUACUAGUCUAAACAGUAUAUCGAGUAUAUACAGUAUUAUGGGUAUAUACAGCAUAGUAUCUACUAUAUAUAGUAUAUAUAUAGUAUAUACAGUUUAUACUAGUAACGCUACUGUACUAUUACAGUACUACUACUUCUGCAUCAUUUGUUACAGUCGCUAGUACUUUAAAUAAUACAUUAGAAUGGCUUUUGUAGAAGUAUGUAUUCAUGAAUGCCAGCUUGUUGUUUGUCAAAUUGCAACAAAAUAAAUACACCUUGCUUGCUUACCUCGAAUACCGAGUCUAUA